UGAAACAGAUGUUGGAGCUGAGCGGCUCCUCCACAGUCUCUCCCGCAGAGCCGAGCGAGGAGGAGCGCAAUGGAGGACUUUCCUCACCCCCUCACUGUGGAGGCUCGCUGGCCCUCAACCUCCAACAAGACCCUCACAGCCAAACUCCAGAUUUACUUUCAGAGUAAGAAGAAGUCUCAGGGCGGAGACUGUGUGGUGAGGUUCCCCGAGGAGAGCAGCGCCGCUACUGUUCUCUUCAGAUCAGCUCGAGCUCGAGAUCAAGUUCUCGCUAAAGGAGAUCACUCUGUAACUAUUGGAGACCAGGUGGUGAAACUGAAAGUGUUCAAACCUGGUGAUGAAGAAGAUGCAGAUGGAGCAGCUGGAACAAGAAGUGAGGUGGCAGUUAACUUCCAGCAGUCAGUUCCUGGUCAGAGGGCCUUAAGUGUGAGAGUGAACAAUGUUCCUGCUGAUGCUGUCACUGACGAGGACAUUCUGGAACUGUGCUUUGAGAAAUGGGGUGGACCUAUAGAGGCAAUCAGCUCAAUUCCAGCAGAGCAAGCUGCUAUCAUCACCUUCCAGUCACCUGAUGCUGUACAGAGAGUUUUGGACAGGACUGAUCUCAAGAUACUUGGGGUAUCAGUCAGUGUCCAUCCCAAUUUUGGCCCUGAUGAGAGCCAGAGUGAGCCUCCAACUGAGAAACUCCCCAAAGAUAGUUUGCGAAACCCCCCACGGUCCGGUGCUGUGGUUCUGGAGAAACUGCCAGAUGACAUGUCCGGAGAAGUCCUUGUGCUUUUAAUUGAGAACAUCAGUGGUGUUUCUGAUGAGGAGUUUUUCCUGGAGUUAAUAAGAGGAUCAAAUGUUGCUGUUGUGACCUUUAAUGACCCCAAUGUUGCUGAGAAGUUCCUCACAGAGAGCAGGAGCAGUAAAAAGUUUCAGCAGUAUGGUCUACGGAGUCGGGCUCUGGAGAAAAGCAGAAGCGUUAAAGUGGAAAACAUACCUGGUCAGGUCUUUGCAGACCUGCUAGAACUUUACUUUGAAAAGUGGGCUGGAGCAGUGGAGAAAGUCACCAUGAUUCCAGAGAAGCAUUCUGCCAUAGUCACAUUUUCUUGUUCAACUGUCAAGAGAGUUUUGGACAGGACUGAUCUCAAGAUACUCAAGGUGUCAGUCAGUGUGCAUCCAUAUUUUGGUCCUGAUGAGAGCCAGAGUGAGCCCCCAACUGGGGAACCUCCAAAAGACCCUCCACGGUCCAGUGCUGUGGUCCUGGAGAAACUGACAGAUGACUUGUCCAGAGAAGUCCUUGUGCUUUUAAUGGAGAACAUCAGUGGUGUUUCUGAAGAGGAGUUUUUCCUGGAGUUGAUAAGAGAAUUAAAUGUUGCUGUUGUGACCUUUAAUGACCACAAAGUUGCUGAAAAGUUCUUCAUGGAGAGCAAGAGCAGUAAAAAGUUCCAGCAGUAUGGUCUAAUUGGACGGCCUCUGGAAAAAAGUAGAAGUGUGAAAAUGGAAAAUUUGCCUGGUCAGACUUCUACAGACCUGCUGGAACUUUACUUUGAAAAGUGGGGUGGGGCAGUGGAGACAAUCACUAUGAUUCCAGAUGAACAGGCUGCCAUUGUCACCUUUCAAAAUGAAGAAGGCAUAAAGAGAAUUCUGGAGAAAGAUCACCGUAUUGGCAGGACUCCAAUCAAUAUAUACCCAUAUUUCAUAUCUUUGGGUACCGCCUUAUAUGGGAAAGACAGACCAACAUGGACGCUGCCCAAACCUUUCAGAGAGAAGAUCCAUCCUGCUAUCAGGGAAUUCCUCAAUAAGAAGGGGCUGAUAUCUUCCAUCUGUCAAGAGAUGAUCUCACUUUUCUGCCACGUGAACAUGGACAAAGCUGAAGUACAGCUUAGUCCCCUUCUUACGCUCUCAAAACAGAAGGGUAUAACCAAGAGGCAAAUAAUAGACACCUGGAAGAAAAACGCCACAGAUGGCUUUAGGAAAAUACUCUCCAGCUACGCUGUUUUUGAGUAUGCAGUGAUCCCCUCUGUCUGGUUUGCAGUAGAGAAAGACAUCCGAUCAAUAGUGAAAGACAAAGCCUUCAUGAAGAUGGAUGAUGGAGUCCUGACACUGGCAGGAAUGGCUCAAGACAUUAAUCUGCUGAAGCCGAUUUUGGAGAAUGUUUUAAAGAGAGCAUCAGAUCAGAUGGAAAGGGACCAGAAUAGUGUCUCAGAGAGUAUUGAGAUGUCCCCUUCCAUGGUCUCUCUGCUUCUGCAGGAAGGACUUCAACAAAAUGCUGCAGCUAAAUACCCAGAGUUGAAGCUCACAUACAAAAAAGACACCAAUCAGUUAACAUUGUGUGGCCUUUCUAUGGAAAUUAUUGACAUCAAACGUUGGAUCCUUGAGAGGAGACUGAGACUGAAACAGAAGCCUCUGAAAAUGGACCCUUCGUUGUUGGAGUUCCUGAGAUCAGUGGACUGUGAGGAGAUGUCAGGAGAUCUGUUUAUAACCAAGGGAAUCAGUGCAGUCUACACAGUUGAAAAUGGGGAUGUUGUGUUGACUGGAAGCACAGACAGAGCACUGACUGAGGCAGAGCAGAGACUUCAAAUGGCACUUACAUCUAAUAUCCUCUCUUUAGAGGAUUUAAGUGUGCUUGAAAAGCCAGAAUGGCGCUCUCUCAAUGACCGAAUGUGUGACACAUACAACUUAGCCAGGAAGAAAACUGUGGUUAUAAAACCCUCAAAACACAAUGACACAGUUGUAGUUACUGGCUUUCAGCAACCAGUCUUGGAGGUCAGCAGGAGCCUGGAGAAAUUCAUCAACACGCACUCAAGAAUCGAAGAAGUCCUUCACGUCAAGUCAUGCGCUGUGGUGAAGUUCAUAAAUGAGAAAAAGUCCCCAGUUUGGAAGAGACUUGUAAAGCCCAAUGAGGUAAGAGUUCAAUUUGACCCUAAACGACCCUUGAUCCGACUGUCUGGAGAGCGUGUUCACGUCCAACCAGCCAUGGAGAACUUUCAGAAGAUUGCAGACGCUCUCCACACGGAUAGGCUGACGAUUGAAAAAGCAGGUGCUAAAAAGUACUUCCAGGAGCAGGGAAGCAUGUUCUUGAUGAUGAUGAAGGAACAUAGAUUUGUGGUCGUUCUUGAGGAAAGUCCAGGUUCUACCACGAAAGAAGAACAUGCCAUUAAGCAACAGUGCCCUAAAAUAUCACCUGUUGCCAAAUUCUCAUCAUUUUCUAGAAUAUUUGACUCUAUGGCCAGCUAUUUUGACAACAGUCCAGAAGCCAGACGACCAUUCCAUUCUGAAGACGAGGACUUUGUGAUGGCGAGUGAGGAGUUUGAGCCGGCGGUCUUUCAGCUGUGUGCAGAGACCCAGCAGGACCUGAAUGAAGCCAGAGAACUGAUCCACAGCUUCAUCAUCAAAGAGCAAACGAGUUCAUCCAUCCGGGACUCCGCCAUCAACUUUUUCAGUAGAGAGGAUUCAGAGAUGCUGACUAACCUGCAGAGCGAGCUCACGGUCAGCAUUCAGCUUGAUAAGAAUGGUCCAGAGCCGGUCAUCACCGUGGAGGGCCUGACCCGAGAUGUAGUCAAGGCAGAGAGCGCCAUCCGGGACAUGAUCCGCAAAGUGGAGAAGAACGAGGCCCGAAAACGUGAAGCCUUCAUGAUCAGCAGCUUGGUAGAGUGGCAGUAUCUGGACAGGACAAAUAAUCUCGUACCCUUCGAUAUUUACAUGAACUAUGACCUGGAGGAGGCCUAUGGGAAAAAACAACCUCGCAUAAAGAUCAAGGUCAACAACGAGGAGGUUGAGGUUGAUUUAACCCAAAGAGUGGCUUAUUUAAGAAACAGAAGGAUUGAAUUGAAGAGGGUUGACCGGAAAGACCAGCCCUCAUUGGCUCUGCCCAGUCAUUGGGAGAACAUGAAGGGAGGUGUGUUUGUUAAGCAGGUCCAAGUUCAACGAGGCAGCCAGGAAUACAAGGAUGUGGAGAAUGAGUUCAGGAGAACUGGGCUGGCCAAUCAAAUUCUUAACAUUGAGAGAGUCCAGAACAGCACUCUGUGGAGGAGCUACAUGAUUCAGAAGAAGCACUUUGAAGAAAAGAACAAGCACAAGAACAAUGAGAAGAGGCUGUUCCACGGCACCGGCCCUGAUAACAUAGACAAGAUCAACCACCGGGGCUUCAAUAGGAGCUAUGCUGGGAUGCAUGGUGCCAUGUAUGGCAAUGGUGUGUAUUUUGCUGUUGACCCAAGUUACUCAGCCAGGGGAUACUCCAGGCCUGACCAAUUUGGUCGUAAGCGCAUGUAUCUGGCCAGAGUGCUGGUCGGUGACUACACCAGAGGGAGGGCUGGGCUAAUUUCACCUCCACCCAAGAGCUUUAUAGCCACAGAUUUGUAUGACAGCGUCACUGAUAACCAACAAAACCCGAGUAUGUUUGUGAUCUUCCAUGACGUGCAGGCGUAUCCGGAAUACCUGAUCACCUUUCAGUAGGAUAUUUUUAAUCAGCAGUUGUGGACUGAUUAUGAUUAUCCAUAUUUCAAUUUUCUGUUAUGUUACUCACUCUUAUGGAUUAGGUUUAACUUGUUGCUGUAAUGCAUAGAAGUAUUAGGUGUGGGGCCACUUCAGAUCAGUACAUAUUAAUAAAUAAUGAUACAAAUACAUUUAAAAUAUUUCACUAAUAAAUUAUCUUUAUAAUGUUCAUCAAUUAUGACCUACUAUGUUUAUGGUGUUAUAUUGUGUGCUACAGAUUGCAAUGGUUAUUAAUGCAGUUACGCAAUAUUCAUGAUUGACAUCAAGUUAUUCCUCCUUGUGUCACUGCAUCCUUGAAAAAAUAAACAGGUUAUUAUAGAUCUAUGUUUUUUUCAUACUGAAAUAUGUCUGUUUAGAGCUCCAGUGGACCGUCAAGGCAAGAUCUUGUUGACCUUCAGUAAUAUUCAUAUAUACAAGUGUUCCAAAAUAAUAUAAAAUACAGGUAAACUGUCAAUGCUUACUCACAUUAUUUAUAUAUAUAUAGAAUAGAUGUUGCCUGUCGGGGUCACUUUGUUUUCUGUAAAUCAAUAACAUUUUAUGGCAGUAAACUCAGUAAUGAUGAGCCUCUUUAUUAUCACAUGGUCCAGUAAAAAAUGACCCUUUUCAAGUUUCAGUGUCUCUAAAAUACUAUUGCACUUACAAAUUUUUUUCAUGAUAGUUCCUCAACAGUGAUGAUAAAAUUAAAGAUACGUAUUUGAUGUUUUAAGUCUCUACACUGUUUGGGUACCAAGAUAAUGUUCAGGGUCAAAUUUUGAUUGCAAUUAAAAUCAUUCACAGUGUAAAAUAUUGAUGCACUUGUAUACAUAAGGAUGCCAUUCAAAUAAUUUCUUUAAAAUUUUGCUGAAAGACCCUGUGUACAAUUUGAGCAUCUAACUCGCUAAAUAGCUGAAUAACUCAAUGUUAGCAUUAGCGCCAGCUCAUCUGAAGGGUCGUCUUCCACCAUUCAUAUUUCCUCAUUAUUAAUCAUUAGAACCAACAGCUUUAACGUCCAUGAAGAGUGAAGGGAAGACUCCCCUGGUUCUGUACUGUACUGUAGAAAUGAUUUCCAGAAUCCUGUUUUAAUAAAGUGUUUUCAGCUGUAUUCCUGCAUCUCAGGGACUCCACAGUGUGGCUCCCUCAUUUUCCUUUAUGCUUAGGAACCUUUUAGUCUGUUAGCGCAAGUGCUACAGAUGCUAUCAGAUAGCCUGAGCUGAAAGUUUGACAUAGCAACAGUAGCCGAGGGAAGAGAGACUCGUUAGAAUGUGUUGGAAUAAUAUUAGCUACUUUGGGUAAGUCUCAGGUAUUAGCAUAAUUACUUUCUUGCCAUGCAGUACCUCCUACUGCCACAAGAGGUCAGGAAACUCAAACAGACUGAGAUCACUUUAUUUUAAAGGUAGAACAUAUAUUGUAAUAGGAGGUUUACAAUAAAAGACUUUUCCUUUUGUUUGUAUCAGCAAUAUAUGAUGUGUCUGAAAGACCAUAACACUGUGUUCUGU